AAAGACAAAAUUAAGGAAAGGGAAAAGAAGCAAAAAGAGAAGAAGAAGCACAAAAUAAUGAAUGAAAUCAAGAAAGAAAAUGGAGAGGUCAAAUUAUUGCAGAAAGGUGGGAAGGAGAAACCAAAAACCAAUGCAGAAGAGCUACAGAUUAAAAAAGUUAAGAAGAAAAAGAAAAAGAAACAUAAAGAGAACGAGAAGAGGAAGCGUCCAAAAAUGUACAGCAAAUGCAUUCAGACCAUCUGCUCAGGAUUGGAUUUUGAGGAUCAGGAAGCCAAAGGCAUCAUAGAUGAUCAUCUUAAGGAUUUCUGUGGGAAAAAUAUGGAUCCCAAGAAGGACUGUGAGUCCAAGAUACCAGAGAACAGUGAGUUUCCAUUUGUCUCGUUAAAGGAGCCACGGGUUCAAAAUAAACUCAAAAGGUUGGACACAUUGGAGUUCAAACAGCUGAUUCAUAUUGAGCACCAGCCUAACGGAGGUGCAUCAGUUAUCCAUGCCUACAGUAAUGAACUCUCCCACUUAUCUCCUGUGGAGAUGGAGAGAUUUGCAGAAGAGUUUGUGGGUCUGGUUUUUAGUGAAAAUGAAAACUGUGCAGCUUACUAUGUUAUGGGUAUUGUUCAUGGGGCAGCUACUUAUUUACCUGACUUUUUAGACUACUUUUCAUUUAAUUUUCCCAAUUCACCAGUGAAAAUGGAGAUUUUGGGAAAGAAAGAUAUAGAGACAACGACUAUGUCAAAUUUUCAUGCUCAGGUAAAAAGAACAUACUCUCAUGGUACGUAUAGAGCUGGCCCAAUGAGACAGAUCAGCCUGGUUGGAGCAGUUGAUGAGGAGGUGGGGGAUUACUUCCCUGAAUUUCUUGAUAUGUUGGAAGAAUCACCCUUCUUAAAAUGUACACUGCCAUGGGGAACACUUUCUAGUUUAAAAUUAGAGAGUCGUAAAGACAGUGAUGAUGGUCCCAUUAUGUGGGUACGCCCAGGAGAACAGAUGAUCCCUGUGGCUGACAUGCCAAAGUCACCUUUCAAAAGGAAGAGAACUACCAAUGAAAUAAAAAACUUGCAGUACCUACCUCGAACCAGUGAACCCCGUGAAAUGCUGUUUGAAGACCGGACACGAGCCCAUGCAGAUCACAUAGGACAAGGUUUUGAACGACAGACUACAGCAGCUGUGGGAGUAUUGAAGGCUGUGCACUGUGGAGAGUGGUCUGAGCAGCCUCGUAUAACCAAAGAUGUCAUUUGUUUUCAUGCUGAAGACUUCUUAGAGGUAGUUCAGCGAAUGCAAUUAGAUUUGCAUGAGCCUCCACUCUCACAGUGUGUCCAGUGGGUUGAUGAUGCAAAACUUAAUCAACUGCGAAGGGAAGGCAUUCGAUAUGCCAGAAUUCAGUUAUUUGAUAAUGACAUCUAUUUUAUCCCGAGGAAUGUUGUGCACCAGUUCAAAACAGUUUCAGCUGUGUGCAGUUUGGCUUGGCACAUCCGGCUCAAGCUGUAUCAUACAGAGGAAGAACUUUCACAAAAUACAAGUACUGUUGAAGCAGAGACCUCUGCAGACCCCAAGUCUUCGGUUAUUGGACUUCAGACUGACAGCAGGAUUUGUAUGACAAGCAAAAAUACCUCCGAAGACACCAAAUUUUCAGAUGCUCUGCAGACAAAGUAUCUGCAGCAGUAAUUUAUGUAAAUAAAACAUGAACCCAUUGCAUCUCACCGAAUAAAAGAAGAACCCAUGAAUGUUGAUCUUGCUGUAAAAACAGUGGCACCUUAUGACACCGGGGGCCAGAAUGUUCAGACUAAAUUGGAUCCUGUUGAAUUGACAGGAUUUAAGUUGGAAAUGGAUUCUAAAUUUGAACCUGGCAACAAGGAUUUGCAAGGCAAGUUAUGCUCUGGAGGUCACGUACAUCCAGAUGAUACAAGACAACAUAGUUCAUCAUAUCCAAAACUGCAUGGACAAAGAGAGGAUGAUUUUUUGUGCUAAAUUUGUAUAUAUGGUUUUAAAUUCCUUUUUAAACUUAAUGAUGUAAUAAUGUAAAGAUUCAUAAAUUCUGUGAGGCAAGUUUGUGACUUGCCUUCGCAUCUGUUACAGAAAAUAGUUAUGUAGCUUUGUAACAUUCCUCAGUGCCUGUCCAUAACUGUGAAGUAUCAAAGCACUUAGGGCCAGAUGCACUGUAAACACUGCAGGUUUAACAUAAAGAAGUCUUUAAAUAAUUUUGAGUUGUAGGUUUUAGAGUAGAGCUGACAUUUAACAUAUAUAUUUUUUGUAAGAUGAGCCAGAAUUCUUUUUGACAAUUCCAGGCUUUUCCAUAGAGCUUAUUUAUACCAAUUUUUUCAUUUUAAAUGUGUCAGCACUGUAGUGUAAAUAUAUUUUUAAAAAAUCUUUUUAGUGUGAUUUAUACUGAAAUGUGAGCCGCUUAAUAAAGGUUCAUAAUAACAGAUUGGUUUUAUUUUUGGGUCUGCAAAAAAACAGUUCAGUUCAACUGCCUCUCUAAAUGGUUACUUUUCUACCUGCACUAGUGCAUAGGAUGC